AUGACGUUCCUCGCAAGAGGGAGGAGCUCCCUGCCUGCAGAGCAGCAGAGGCUCCUCUGCUACCCCUUCCUGUUUCGAUUUCUGCCAGAGCUCUCCUCUUUCUUCCCCGCAGCUCUGCGUGGCCAGUCCAUGGCUGAGCUGGGACCUGUGGCUGGGCUGAAGGAGGAGCUGACCUGUCCCAUCUGCCUGGGCAUUUACAGCAACCCCGUGUCCCUGAGCUGUGGUCACAGCUUCUGCAAGGAGUGCAUCGAGGAGGUGCGCAGACACCAGCAGGGCCCUUUCAGCUGCCCGCUGUGCCAGGCCCUGGCAGACCCCACCAUGGAGCUCCAGACCAACGUCCAGCUCCGCAGCAUCGCGCAGAAGUUUUUGGAUGCUCCUGCUCACCAAGAGGAGGAAGAGGGUGAAGCGCAAUGCAAAGAGGAGGGUGAAGGUUCAGGCCAGCAGAACGAGGCAAUCCUGUGUGACUUCUGCCUUGGGGAGCCCCAGCCAGCUGUGAAGACCUGCCUGAACUGUGAGGCCUCCCUGUGCCAAGCCCACCUGACCAAGCACAACACGAGGAGCCCCCUGAAAGACCACAUGCUGGUAGAGCCCUGUGGUGCCCAGCUUUUGGUUGAGAGGAGAUGUCCCCAGCACGGCAAACUGCUGGAGUGCUACUGCCAGACUGACUCGGUCUGCAUCUGUGUGCUUUGCUCUGUCACCAGCUGCCACAAGAACCACGAGAUCAUUGCUUUGGAGGAGGCUUUUGGCCAAGCACAGACUAUGGAGAGCCAGCGGAGGAAUCAGCUGGAGAGCCUCUUUGAAGAGAUGGGUCUGCAGCUAGACAACAAGAAAGGAGAGUUCCUGAGAGCUCUCAGGGACAACAAAGAGCAGCAGCUUUCUCAGAUUCAGAGCAAGAUACAAAAAUACCAAGAGAAGGAAGAUGCAGCCAGCCAUGAUAUACAGGAGUUGGAGGCUCUGAGAGAUCAGCAAGACCCUCUUCUUUUCACCAAGCCCUACAUCCUUGGGUACACCAAGGAGCAGAUGGUGGUCGUGGCCAUGCCUGAGCUCCGUCUCUACCACCCUUGA